CAAGCUUAGAAUCCUAAGACCGGCAAGUGCUAGGUUUCUCCACGAACAAGUCGCAGCCUCGCGGGACGGAUGGGACGAUCACAAGGAGAUGGAGGGCGGACAUGAUCCAUUCACCGCAACGAGGCGGCAACGGCGUCGAGUCGGAAGCAAGGAAGUGGUCUCGGGGGAGGCUGGCGGCAUCAAAACGCCAGGGCGGACCCCAACGACUUGUCUGUCGUAGACAACAUGGAUAUCGUCGUGCUGCUGCUGCUGCUUCUUCUUGUCACCCCUUCGAGUCCCCCUUCCCCCAACAUGUGCAUCCAUGAGCUGGGGCAGGUCAAGGGUUUAUCUUGGCGUCGAGACUAGUGUAGCCGGUUCCAGGGUCCAGACGGACAGACAGUGUCUCUUUGGGGUAGUGUACUCCGUACUUUGUAGGAGUAAGGGUCUUGUUCGUUCUGCAUGGUCUAGCGACGGCGGUGGAGAAGUGAGAAUGGGUAGCAAAGAUGACGGGCGGGAUGGCGUGUGUUGGACAAAGAGAGAAAGGCGUCGCACGGCUGGUUUCUGGACAAGAUUUGGAGGCUGCGAGACGCGCCGGAGAAAAAGGGUCGUGGAGGGACCGACACGGCUUCUGUGGGGUGGGUGGAUAGAUAGCCUAGGUGCCUAGGCAGGCAGGUAUGUAUAUACAUGGGUACAGGGUACGCGGACG